GUUAUUGAGCUAGACUCUCCAAGGCAACCGACUGAAACUAUUACCCAAAAUCCAUCGUACAUGCCCAACACAGAUGCAUCCAUCAACUACGAGGGAGAGAUGUAUUCAUACAUUGAUCCAGAAGAUGUACGCAUUCUAGCAAGAAAUCCAAUUGUCAGUCAAGAUGAGAUUAAAACAGAGCAAGUAGCCACUUCAAGCAACAUUGCUACUGCUGACAAUAUUUGUUAUGGGUCAGCUAUUCCACGAGAUCAUUCUGACCAAGUGACAACUUCUGACAAUGUUGCUUAUGGCUCAACUGUUCGAUAAGAAAAUAGAUUUUAGCCAUUGUCUGACUUAUUGUAUUGGCUCACAAAUAAGUGCAUGUAUAUAGGCUGAUGACAUCCAUAUUAGUAUCAACCAUCAAUUGUGUGUUCUUGUAAAAUUGUGUAUCAUUAGGUACAAUGAUGGUAUGAAGAACUUCUACUGAACAGUAGAUUCACAAUGUCAUUGUUUGCUCAAUGUCCUUUUUUGCUAAUACAUGCAAUGUGCAUGUGGAAUAAUAGGUGCAGUCUAGCAACAACACAGUAGCCUAUAGAUCUAAGCUGAAUUAAAAUCAGCACAAAAAGUGAGGCAAUUAUAUAUGAGGAUCUACAAGAUGUUGACAUCUACAGUACUGAGGACACCUAGAUCUGAUGUCUUUGUUUGGAAAUGUCUUAUGGUCUUGACAGGUAUAUAUGUCAUGCAAAGAUAGUAUCCAGUUCAGCAUAAGCCAAGUCAUUUCAAUAACCAACAGUGGAUCUACGUGCUCAGAAUCUGUAUGCUGUGCAUCCUCAACCUUUAAUGCAGAUACUCAGUUUCAGCUGCUGGAGACUGGUGUCUUUACGUAUGGAAUAGUUGUUUUAUCUUCUAUUCUGGGAUUCGUUGAUGCAACAGACUUUGGUGUACUCUCGUAUACUCUGAAUGCAGCUGAGCUCAUGAACUCCAUGAUUACCAUCGACCCUUUUGGUGCCACUAGUAACACUCUGAGAAUCGUCAAAUUUAUAAUAAUUGCCGUUAAUGACUCUUCAACUACCAACCCCUCAUCAGCUUUUAUUGACCCCUCAAAUACUGACCCCUCAACUGCUGACUCCACUGCUGAGGCUAGCCCUGAAAGCAGCUCUGUCCCGGUGGUCCUAGGUGCAGUGGUUGGUGCACUGGUGUUUGUGCUGCUACUGAUAAUAGCCGUCAUUGUGUUGUUUGUGUGUAUUUGUACGAGAAUGAAAUCCACUGUUAAACAGAAUCUCGAGGGAAUGAGUUAUACCAUCUGGAAAAGUGGGACUGGAGAGGUGAUCAUGGAUCCCAACUCUCCAACACAACUAGCAGAAGCUUUACAUAACAACCCAUCGUACAAAGCAAACACAGACUUUCCCAUAUAUGCGGAAGUUGAUGCUACCCUUAUUGAAACCAUGAGCCACGAGUAUGAUACUGUAACACCAGAUGAGCAGACACAGUUGAGUGAGCCAGAGGACUACGCAUACGAUACUGUACCAGAUCAACCAGCAGAAGUGGAAGACCCAGUACUAGUGUAUAAGGGAGGAGAACCAGAGAAGGGAGAACCAGAGGAGGGAGAGCCAGAGGCUGGACAGCCAGAGGAGGGAGAGCCAGAGAAGGGAGAGCGAGAAGCUGGAGAGGCAGACUAUUGCAUAAGCGACUACGAGACUAUAGAAGCUAGGUGUACACGAGCGGGAGAGCAGAAUCCAACUGAGCCAGAGGUGAUGAAGCCAGUGGUUGAUAUAAAGUCACGUAAUUGUUCAAAAUUGCAUGUCCCGCGAUAGCUAAUUAAUAUGUCUGCCUGUACGUGUUGGAGGAGGUGAAGCCAUAAGAGAGUGUGUAUAGCC